GCGGUAAGUCCCUUACUUCUCACAAGCUCGCAGGAGAGUAAAGAUGGCGAUAGACUCCGGUCCGCUGGAUGAGCCUUUUUUACACACAGAGGUGAAUAAAGCGGCGGUUUGUCAUCCCGUACAGUCGGUGGAGUUACACCCGUCGAUCUUGUGCCACAACAACCACUGGUGUAGGCACGAGGCAGCCGGUAAUUACACGGAUAUAGUUCCCCGGACAAGGGGGUAGCGCGAGCUAAUGUCCAGCUGGGACUCGGUCAGGACGAUUGGGGAAGCAGGUACGCCGUGACUUACUAACGUCGUUUUCCUCUCUGUCCCUCCGAGUGUACACGGAAAGCAAGCGCGUGAGCUUACUGAGGAAAAACAGCGUGUUGCCACAUCUCAAACUCUUAAGAUUGUAAAAGGUGUUCCCUUCUGAAGAAGUUGCAGUGCUGCGGGAGGGGAGGGGGGGGGGGUCUCGUCACAACCACGUCCCCCAUGGUUCAACCAUGGAUGCAACCAUGGAUGCAUCGACGGAAUCCACCGCGGCGCGCGACCCCGACAAAACACCUGUUGUCAGUGGCGCUGUGACGCCUCUCCCUGACACACAGGGGAAAGUGUCGUUUCACGUAACGCAGACUUACAACGGGAGCCAAAUUAUGAACUCUCACGGUUCAGGAAGUGGCGGCUCUCUCGCGGGGGCAAGUGGCACCGGUGCGGUGACGUCUGUCGGCGGCGGGCCGGUGAUGUCCGAAGGGCUGGCCGGUGCAGCGGCGCAUCCCUCGCCGUGCAGCGUCAUUCAGACACCAAGCGUUUCCUCCGUGGGGGCUCAGUCCGCGAUCCGAGCGACGGGACCCCCCGCGGCGCUCGUCAGGCCGCCUGCGCAGCCCGCGGGUUUCGGAGCACCCUUCCUCGGGAACAAUAAUGGGGUCAACGCCACAGGUCCCCCGCUCGUAAACAACCCCGCGUCACCCGGGCCGGUGUCCGUGAGCGCGGGGUCGCACAUAAUUAAAGCAGAGCCCCCCGCAACCGUGAUGCCGGCCGUCGCUCUUGGGGCCGCGGGCGCUGUCCGGAUGCCGUCGACAGUGGCCAGCAGUCCCGGCGGGACCCGGGGUCCGAUGCCUCAGAUGUUGGCCCCGAGGCUACCCCAGACCAACCCGGGACAGCCCAGUAUAGGCCUGCAUAACAUCCAGCUCCCCCCAGGGAUGGUGCUUGUCCGCAGCGAGAGCGGACAGCUGCUGAUGAUUCCUCAGCAGGCGCUGGCCCAGAUGCAGGCGCAGGCACAGGGAGGCAUGGCACCUCGGGCCGCUACGCCAACAAGCGCGCCUCCCGGUCAGGCUCCUGGAAACAUCAGCAGACAAGUCGGCCCUGGCCCAAUCCGCCAGAGCUGCGCCGCCCCAACGCCACUCACUGCGACCACGACUCUUCACAGACCGCCCAUCCUUCAGAGCCCAGUUGGGGCUGCAGUACCAGGGAUCACCCCCAGGGCCGUCAGCCAAACCGCUGGGACCACAGUGGCCUCAAUUACCAUGAGCAAAGAGACCAUCGAGAACGUGAAGAAAUGUAGGAACUUCCUGUCUACAUUGAUCAAGCUGGCCUCCACUGGGAAGCAAUCUACAGAAACUGCAGCCAGUGUGAGAGAGCUGGUGAAGGAACUGCUGGAGGGCAGACUGGAGGCGGAGGAAUUCACCAGCAGAUUGUACAAAGAGCUCAACUCCUCACCCCAACCUUACCUCGUGCCUUUCCUCAAGAGAAGCCUCCCGGCUCUGAGGCAGCUCACCCCAGACUCGGCCGCCUUCAUCCAGCAGAGUCAGCUUCCGCAGACACCCUCGGGUCCCGUCCCUUCCACCUCGCCCAUCCCCACCACUGUGGUCCUGGGCGGCCCAGCGCCUCGCCUCACUGCUCCGGUCAGCCGGCCUCAUCUCCAGCCAGGCACAAGCAAACCAGUGGUUAUCCAGACCCAACAGCCGAGACCAAUGUUGAAACCUCAGGUAGCCUUACCCACAACCCCCAUGGGGACUCUCAGGAAUCAGGCCCCUGGCCGCAUCAUGCUGGGACAGCAACAGGUCCACCUGAAAGAGCUGCAGCCAGCUCCAUUGAGGCCAGAGUUGUCUCCCCUUUCUAAACAAGUCUCCGCUGCUUCCUUGAGCCUGGCUCAAAAGAACACGCUGAAACAGGCGGGUGCCACUUUCAAAGAUGAGGACGACAUCAACGACGUGGCCUCCAUGGCUGGAGUGAACCUAUCAGAGGAAAACGCCAAUAUCCUUGCAACCAAUUCUCGACUAGUGGGAGCGGUGACACAUUCCUGCAAGGACGAGGCUUUCCUCUCCUUUGCCAUUCUACAGAAGACAAUGCAGGCGAUAGGUAGGAGGCACGGUGUGACAGAACUGGGUGCAGAGGUGGUGAACUUUGUCUCCCACGCUACUCAGCAGCGGCUCUUGGACUUGUUGGCAAAAGUUUCCCAAGUGGCUCUACAGAAAAACCUCAACUGCAAGGAGGAUGGCAAGUAUGAGCAGAGCAGCAAUGUUCGCGCUCAACUCAAGUUCUUCGAGCAGUUGGACCAGCUGGAGAAACAACGGAAGGAGGAACAGGAGAGAGAGAUCCUCCUAAAGGCAGCAAAGUCUCGAGCUCGUCAGGAGGACCCAGAGCAGCUGCUUCUCAAACAGAAGGCAAAAGAGAUGCAGCAGCAGGAGCUGGCUCAGAUGAGGCAGAGGGAGGCCAACCUGACCGCUUUAGCAGCCAUUGGUCCCAGGAAGAAGAGGAAGAUUCAGGACUCCCCAUCCUCUGCUGCCGAGGCAUCGGGUCCCUCUGUGUCUGGCGGGGCCGGCUCGUCGGGCUCCAGACCCACACGGCAGCGCAUCACUCGCGUCAAUCUCAGGGACCUGCUCUUUUGUUUGGAAAACGAGAGAUCCACCAGUCACUCCCACUUCCUCUACAAGGGCUUCCUCAAAUAGGCUCCACAUUAGAGAGACGUGUGCGUGUGUCCUGCACAAUGAGGGGCUCCUCCCAGUGACGAGGAGGAGAACUUUUUUUCUCUGCUGGCUUUGAGGCUUUUCAGAUGCAGCUGAAGUAGAGUAGUAACUCCGUUGGACGGCCUCUCUACCUCCCCUUCGUGAUGCCUAUUUAGCUUCAGAGCACUCAUGGACUGACGCUAUCGUUUUCCCCUUUGCAACCUUUCAAAAAGCGCAGUAAAGGAUUAUGUACGUUACGAGCAAAAGACUUCUUGUACUUCAUGCACUGUCACACAGGACAGUAUAUUUUAGAUUUGUAUGUGCAUUGGACUUAAAUGCAAUGGAAAUCAGAUUUUCAAUCAAAUUGUUUUAAUCGACUAAUCUUAAUCGAAUGAUUUUAUUUUGGAUUUGUUUACUGCAUUCAUUUAAGGUCCUACCUGUGUAACCUACUGAGUUGCCUUCCUAACUAUGAAUAAGCCAUAUAGCCACCCUGAAGCAAUUAACCCUGCUGGAACUCAUGAAGCAGCAGUUCGCUCUGUAUCUGUCAUCUCCAUCACUACACCUGUUCAAUAUAUUUAUUUACUAAACUCCAUCUUAAAUGAAGGUUGGCUUAUUGGGUGUGUUUUCUGUAGAUUAAAUUCUCAAAAUGCCUUUACCUGCAUAUGAUAUGUUUAAAAUCAGUGUUGUUAGGUGUGUAGAUUUCAUUGUUUGUUUGUUUUUUGAUGAAAUUGUUCUUUUAAAGAAAAGAAAAAAAAGUUUGCCAUGUAUUGACUUCCAAAACUGUAGGUUUUAACCCGUGUUGCUAUAGCAAAAAUGCAUCUAGCUGUAAGUGAUUUCUAUUUUUGUAGCCGCCCACCAACACACAUUUUGACCUUUUCAAUAGUGAACGACUUUGUCCUCUGACUUGAAGGACACAAACCUAAUCUUCUUGUAUAUUUAUAAAUGUUAAACCUUGAGUUUACACAUGGUUUUGUAGAGAAUUGAGAAAUGAUCCACGCCGCAUAAAGAAAAAAAUAAUUUCUCUAUUAUAGUUUGAAUAAAUAAUUUUACAAUAA